CAGCCAGCUGAAAAGGUUUGCGUUUACGAUGUAUCGACGAAAUCCAUGGAAAAGAUGAAAUCUGUAUACCCCGAUAUUCAAACAUCAGAAUCCAUCGGUGAGGCAGUACACGAUGCGGAGUGUAUAGUUCUGGCAGUCAAGCCACAAAACAUCAACGUUUCCUUUUGGAACCAGUUUCCCUCCUUGGAAUCCGACAGCGACAAAGGUGGUUCGGGUUUUCGUGUGCGGAAGGAUGCAACUCUUCUCAGCAUUUUGGCGGGAACACCGGUCAAAGACUUUGCACCCUCGGGAAUAUCGAAGAUCGUGAGAGGGUGGGUUAUUGAAAACGCGGCGACUAUACCUUGCUCACUCGUUCUUGGUUAUUAUCAUUCCAUGUUUGCAUGCCUUAACAUUGUCGUUCUGUCCUACGAUUUUACUCGUGUAGCAUGCCAAAUACGCCUUCAAUGAUCGGAGAGGGCAUGACUGUGUGGUGUUGUACUCCAAGUUUAACCAGUUGCGAUCGACAAUCAGUUUCCAAACUACUGAAUACAUUUGGCAAGGCGAUAUAUGUCGACGAUGAAAAAUUUGUCGACAUGUCAACAUCGAUCAGUGGAAGCGGUCCGGCUUGUAAGUAUUCCGAUCUAUUGAACAAAAUAACACAAGGAAAAGUUGGUAAAACAGUUUGAAAAACAGAAGUCAGUUAUUGAUUCUUUGUGAUAUAUUCUUACAGAUAGUUCGCUUAUCUAUUUUUCAACGUUUUGUUGUAGAUAUCUUCAUGCUCAUGGAGGCAAUGAUUGAUUCGGGCGUGCAUAUGGGAUUCUCCAGAGAAACUGCAACAACGCUGGUACAUCAUACUUUACUGGGUACGUCAAAGAAAUUGUUACUUGAAUUUAGAUGAAAAGCUUCGAUGUUUCGUGGCAAAAUAAUUAUAUGAACGACAAAAUCGACGACCCAGGGAGAAUGUGUUUGUUUUCUUUCACGAAAAUCUUCCGUCUCAAUGCACAUUUUUUGGUACUACUCGCCCUCAGGAUCGACCCUUUACGCUAUGGAAACAGGUGAACAUCCUGCAAUUCUCCGAAAUUCAGUUACAUCGCCUGCAGGAACGACUGCCUCAGCCAUAUAUGAGCUUGAAAAGGGAGGGCUAAGGCCACUGGUGAACGAUGCCAUUUGGGCUUGCUAUCGACGGUCACUAGAAAUGGGAGGGCACAAUUCAUCAGUAGGACCACGCAUGAUUUACAACAUGGGAGAGAAACCGGCUACAACAUUAACAACUCAUGAAAUUCAUUACAUGGAUAGCGACAUUCAUACUGCCAACGUCCCCAGUGGCGAAAUGGUGGAUCUGGUAGAUAGCAAAGAAAAUGGUAUCGGUGGCAAACGAGGGAAUAAUACCUGAGUUGCACUGCACGUCGACCAUUUGUACAAAAGCCUACGUCCUUUUCAACAAAUAGAAUUAUUGUUCAUCU